AUCAUUGUUCGGCGACCAACUCUUGCUGAAUUCUCUUAAUCAUCGUUGUAUACGUUAAAUAUAAACAUUGUGGCUUCAAAUAAGAUCUCUAGUUUCACACAUUUUCCCGAUUGACCUAAAGGCGUUGUAGACAGCCAUAGAGAAUCGCAAAAGCUCCGCAGAGCGAUAAUGCAUAAGAGAGGAUAAAGACACACUAUAUGCCAGGGUACUGGGUUGAUUGGAUAUUGUAAAGAGGACAAAAUGCAGAUGCUUUUCACUCUCCUGCUUCUCACAUCUCAACUUUCCAGGGCCUUAAUAGCUCCAGUUGAUUCUGGAAAUCCAGAGUCUGUCACUUUGGACAUCCUAAGCGAAAGUAAUUCGACAUUCAAGACCGCAAAGUGUGAACUUGAUGAUGCUCCUUCGCUAAUGUUUGCUCCGGCAUUUGGCUACAGGUUGGACAAAAUUGUAGCCGGUGAUACUCUGGUCUGGGAAUGUAAAAACAAUGUGCAUGUUGCUCUCCUAAAUGUGCAUCUCAAGGACGGUGUGCCACAGUCAGCGUUCCUACUCCUGGAACCAGAGUCUGGAGAGCACAGUUCAAAGAAUUUAGUCUUGAAGGAGGCCACUGGUGGCAGUUAUGCAGGAGCCAAAUGGGAAGAAGCAAACCAAAAGGAAUUUGGAGAUGCCGUAAGGAAAGUCCGAAAGACUCCACAUUCUGUCCAGUCCUUUACUCUGGAUAUUGGAAAGAAUGACAAUCGAUGGGCGUCGUUGGAACUGCAGAAUAUGAGGACUCUGGCGUUCAUUCCGCAUUCUGGAUUUCAUGCGACAAAAGUCUGUCGUGGUGAGUAUUCGUUCUGGGAAGGCAAACCUGGAGAACGAUGCAUCAGCGCCUUUCUCGUAGACAACAGGGAGCUUCACCUCAUCCUAAAGUAUAACCAGGAAAAGGAAUGGACACUCACAUUUACAUACAAUAGUGGUACUUGGAUCAGCGACCAGUGAGUAAUGGCGGCCGUAAGUCCAUGAAUGGUUACUAUGCAGUACAAUGAAAUUCCCUUCCUCAGCAGAUGUAAAGGUCUGCACAUGUACAAUAUCUUGAAAGUAGGUCUUCUGUUCAUCCUAACGGUAAUUAUACAGGUGUAUCGGUUAAUUGACUAGUAUAUUCCAGAGGUUGAAAUAGAAACCU